AUGGAGGGAGGAGUGGCAGGAAAGGAAGAGAAGAGGAAAGAAUUUGGUGGUGAGGAAGAUUCAAAUGGAGGGGGAUGGAAGGCAGGAGGUCGAAGGCCUAUUAACGGAAGUGAUGGAAGUGACGGUAAAAGUAGUGAAGAAGAUCGGGUGAGUGGACGAGAAGGGGAGAGGAGCAGUGGUGGUGGAACUGGAAGAUGCGAGACAGAAAAGGAAGGUGAUGCAGAGCAGGGCAAAACUAAAGGGAAGAGCAGAGAGGCUAGAGAUCGAUCUGACUUGGAGGGAAAGGAAAAUGCAGUUGAGACUGGAGUGCAUAGAAGGGGCGGAAAGGAAGAAAGGGAGCAGGGUACGGGUGGGAGAAGGAAAAAUGUUGAUAAACGGUGA